CAAGCUACACUCUCUUUCUCUUUCUCUUUCUCUUUCUCUCUGCCAUCGCCAAAAACUUCUCUUUAGCUUUCUGGGUUUUACUUCUUAAUUGAAAAAUAGUUGUCCAUUUCGGGAAAUUGGGAGAUGGCUCCGGUUGGUCCUCGAUCCGGUGAUGCGAUCUUCUCUAGCAUUGAUCGUGUGAAUGCUGAGCUGUUCACGUUGACGUAUGGUGCAAUUGUGCGUCAAUUACUUACUGACCUUGAAGAAGUCGAGGAAGUUAACAAACAGCUUGAUCAGAUGGGAUACAACAUUGGAAUCCGACUUAUCGAUGAGUUUCUAGCCAAAUCUGGUGUUUCCAGAUGCGUUGACUUUAAGGAAACUGCUGAAAUGAUUGCCAAGGUGGGUUUCAAGAUGUUCUUAGGGGUCACAGCAUCAGUGUCAAGCUGGGACGCGGAUGGGACUUGCUGUAGUAUAAUCUUGGAGGACAACCCGCUCGUUGAUUUCGUGGAGCUUCCCGAUACUUGCCAAGGUCUUUACUACUGCAAUGUCUUAAGUGGAGUCAUCAGAGGAGCUUUGGAAAUGGUCUCGAUGAAGACGGAAGUGACAUGGACGCGUGAUGUUCUUCGAGGGGAUGAUGCUUAUGAGUUGCAGGUGAAGCUACUGAAACAAGUCGCAGAGGAGUAUCCUUACAAGGAUGACGAAUAAACAUCACUCUCUCUUUAUCUUCCCCCUCUUCCUCAAAAAGAAACAUUAAUUACUGUUUGUAGUCUCUCCCUUUUGCUGCAUUCGUAGCUUUAUAUUUUUACGCAAGCUGUAAGCUAUGAAACUAAAUACCGUGUGAUGUUUUGGGUACAAACCAUUUAAUCCUAGUGUUCUUAUCAAUGUCACAAAAAAAAA